UUCAACAUGGGCUUUCAGAGAGACAACAUAUACAAACUAUAUCAGCUUGAAGUCCAUGGCCCAAAAUGACCCUACCAGUGGAGACUCUCUUCUGUAAAGAAGACAACCAGACAGGAGGCUGGGAUGAGCAUGCCACUGCAUCAAGUCUCUGCCAUUCCAUCCCAGGAUGCCAUUGCUGCUAGAGUCCACAGAAGUAAGACCAAAGAAAAGGAGAGGGAAGAACAGAAUGAGAAGACUUUGGGACAUUCCAUGAGUCAUUCAAGCAAUAUUUCUAAGGCUGGGAGUCCUCCAUCGGCAUCAGCCCCCGUGUACGCCUUUUCUCGCACUUCUAUCACGCCAUCCAACCAGGACAUCUGCAGUUCCAGUGCAGUGUUUUCUGAGUGUUGUCACCACAGUCCCGUGCAGUCUGCUGUUGUCUUGAAAGCUCCUCAAUGCCAGAGUUCUCUGACACAAGGGCUCACUGAGACAGUUAUCUGUAAAGACACAUUACAGGCGUCAAAGAGAAAUUUCUUUGGUUCAGAACGGGUCCAGGCCUUGAAGCCUGAUAAGAAUACCCAAGCCAGAAGAACACUAAAGUUCUCAAAGUCCCUGAACGACGUGGGUGAGAGGGCCCAGCAUGCCUUGGAAAGUUUUGACUAUGUGGAAAGAACUUGUUCUGAAGGAAGAUUGAUACUCCCUCAAGAUACAGGUCUCAGAGUUAACAGGUUCCAUCAUAAAGAAAAAAGAACACUGAACUGCAAACCUGUUGGCAAUUCCAAACACUCUUGUGUUUCCUCUUCCCUUUUUGCUAAUCGUUCAUCUGCUUCAGAGGUCGAAGCUGGCAAGAGGGACAUGCACAUCCCACUUUUGGAAGAGAAAACAGAUGGCGAGGCCAUGUCCAGAAGCCGGCGACUGCUCCGGUACCUGUUCUCGCUCUCGCAUGGCUCGAGCACCAGCAGCCUGCACAGGUUCCACGAGCUGGAGAGCUGUGCCAUCCACCUGCACGCUGCCAAGUCCUCCAGCGGGCUGGCGGGGAGCACGGGCUUCUGCUCUGAUGAGAUGGGCGACGAUGAUGUCUUCGAGGACAGCACGUCCACCAAACUCAAGAGCAGGGUCCUGCGGGCGCCCCUGUGCUCAGCAGAAAAGGACAGUGACCUGGAUUGUCCUUCUCCCUUCUCUGAAAAGUGUCCCCCCAUAUCCCCUGUGUCUACGUCAGGGGAUGCCUGCAGGAUCUGCCACUGUGAAGGAGAUGACGAGAGCCCUCUGAUCACCCCCUGCCGCUGCACCGGGAGCCUCCACUUCGUGCACCAGGCCUGCCUGCAGCAGUGGAUCAAGAGCUCUGAUGCGCGCUGCUGCGAGCUCUGCAAGUACGAGUUCAUCAUGGAGAGCAAGCUGAAACCUUUGAGAAAGACCGGGAGCCUCCACUUCUGGGAGAAGUUGCAGAUGACGGCCAGCGAGCGCAGGAAGAUCAUGUGCUCAGUGACAUUCCAUGUCAUCGCCAUCACCUGUGUGGUCUGGUCCUUGUAUGUGCUCAUUGACCGCACUGCUGAGGAGAUCAAGCAGGGGCAGGCAACAGGAAUUCUAGAGUGGCCCUUUUGGACUAAAUUGGUGGUUGUGGCCAUCGGCUUCACUGGAGGACUUCUUUUUAUGUACGUGCAGUGCAAAGUGUAUGCGCAAUUAUGGAAGAGACUCAAGGCUUAUAAUAGAGUGAUCUAUGUUCAGAACUGUCCAGAAAGAAGCAAAAAGAAUAUUUUUGAAAAAUCUGCACUAACAGAGCCCAACUUUGAAAAUAAAGGUGGACGUGGAAUAUGUCAUUCCGACACAAACUCUUCUUGUUGCACAGAGCCUGAAGACACUGGAGCAGAGAUCAUUCACGUCUGAUUGUGUAGAGGGUGUAGUUUUCCUAGACAUCCAUGAAGAGCUGAAGGAAAUUGUUUACUGCCAA